AUGGGUCAAGGCAAUCCCUUUGAAGAAUGCUACUGGGUCCGCAAUUGCGAACGUUAUCAAGGAAAAUAUCAUUGCCAGUUUGGAGUACCGAACAUCAUCCUUUUGGACAAUGGCACACCCUUCAAAAACAAAUAUGUGAAGAGCUUCCUAGAGACUUACCAAGUGAAGUAUCACAAAUCCACACCCUAUUAUCCAAAAGGGAACGGGCAAGCGGAGGCCACAAACAAGACACUGAUAAGGAUUCUGAGCAAGAUAAUGGAUGAAUUUGGUGGGACUUGGUCCGAGCAGUUGAUAGUAGCCCAAUGGGCAUAUCGCACCUCAAAGAGAAAGCCAACUCGAGCAACUCCUUACUCCUUUGUGUAUGGGUCCCAGGCAAUGUUACUUAUAGAGUUGGAAACACUAUCUGCUCGGAUGGCUCUUGCCUUGGGGAUAGUGUUGGAGCCUCGAACCACCAGAUUAGAGACAUUAGAGGAAAAGCACGACAGAGCUGCAAAAGUCAUGGAAAGGUAUCAUGAGUCCAUCACCCGAGCCUAUAACGAGACUGUGGUGCCAAGAAAGUUCGAAGAAGGUGAUCUAGUAUGGAAGAUCGUAGACCCAAUCAUGCGAGGACAACCCUUGCCCAAGUUUUUUUCGAAAUGA